AUGGGUCGUGAUACUGUCUCGGUCGUCAGUAAUGGUGAUCCGUCAGCAAGCACGUAUGCCACGCCAGAGGAUGCACCUCCGACGUAUGAACUUGCUACCAGUGACCGGAACACGAUAUACACGCCUCCGGCUUCAGAGGCUUCAUACUCGACACGAGCGUCGAUACCGUUAGGUGCAGAAUCACAAUCACUCGGAAAUGACCGGCAUGUCUCACUUUCAGGGCGGCAGGAGCUUGUGCCUGCUGGUAGCUCCGAGGUGCGAGUCCAAGGCGAACCCCAAAUUCCGAUAAGACCUCCUUUCGCUCCAGGCAAGCAUUAUGAGCGUCACGAGACCAGUCAACCCAUCCAUGGAACAUUCACCUUACACGAUAGCCUGGAUCUCAGCACAACCAGUGGAAGCAUUGGCAUCAGUAUCGAUGUGAUGCCAGGACCAUAUCCAGCUACAUUGAAGCUCAAGAGCACAUCUGGAAGCAUCAACGUUACAGACAAGCAGUACGACGUUGCACAAUCUCGUUGGGGAUCUCGGCAAAAUUCCAGUUGUGGUCCUAGAGGUCCUGGACCAUUGAGUUUUCUAUUUGGGUGGGCACGACAACGUCAGGAUGAGGUCCGGACCAUCGAGCAGCCACCAAUACCAAGCAGCGAUGAUCCCAGGAAACAGGCGGGUCAAGAUGGCUUCCCCUUACCACAGCAGCAAGAUCCAGAAGUUGAACAAGUCCCACGUGGCGCGCGAGUCAUUCAUACAACGAUCGAGACGUCGAGUGGUAGCGUCAAUGCUCAACUCGCUCAGAAACCAGGAUAA